AUGGGAAGAUGCCCUGGAGAAGUGAAUGGCAACCCACUCGAGUAUUCUUCCUGGGAAGUCCCAUGGACAGAGGAGCCUCUCAGGAUCUCAGGCCCCUGCCUGUGCCUGGAGGAGAGCAUGGAAAAGCAGGAUGAGAAGCCCCAGGGGCCCCUGAAGGCCUGCGUGCAGGACUCUCUCCUUCCUCAGGAGAUUAUCAUCAAGGUUGAGGCAGAAGAUGCCGGGUCACUGGCCGUCCCAGCCCAGGAGGGAGUGAACUUCAAAAUAGUGACUGUGGACUUCACUCAGGAAGAAGAAGGCACUUUGAGCUCUGCUCAGAGGACCCUGGACAGAGAUGUGAUCCUGGAAAACCACAGGGACUCUUGGGACUCGGCAACUGCACUUGGAAGAAGAGAAUCGAGAUUGAAGCAGAGCAUUUUUGAUGACAAAUUAUCUCCUAGCGUGAAGAUAGAAAAGUUGACAAGAGAUGAUCCUUGGUUAUCUUCAUGUGAAGAAUUUCAGGAUUGUAAGGAGCUGUUGGAGAAGCAGCAGGAAAAACGAGAGAGACUUUUGAAGGAAGUGACAUUUACUCACAGGAAAACCAUUACUCAUGAGAGACACUGCAAAAAUGAUAGCCCUGAGGAGAAGGCUGGUCUGAAUUCCAGUCUUCUUUCAUCACAGAUGAUACCCAUAAGAAACCAUUUUCAUAAACAUGCUUCACAUGUUAAAAGAUUACAUUAUAAUUCUAUGGUAAACACUCAUCAGAUGAUUACUAAUAAAGAGAAAUCCUAUGGAUUUAGUGACAGUAUUCAACCUUUUAACCAUGGUACACCCUUAAACAUACACGAGAAAAUACAUGCACAAGGAAGAUCCUUUGAUUUUAAGGAAUGUGGGCAAGUUUUGAACCAUAGCAUAUCCCAUAACGAACAACAGAGAAACUCCAUUGGAGAGAGUCAGUAUAAAUGUCGUAAGAGCUCCCAGAGUUCAUCUCUUGCUCAAAACGUGAGAAAUCAUUCUGAAGAGAAGCCCUUUGAAUGUAAUCAGUGUGGGAAAUCCUUCAAUUGGAGCUCUCAUCUUGUUGCACAUCAGAGAACUCAUACAGGGGAGAAACCUUAUGAAUGUAACGAAUGUGGGAAAUCAUUCAGCCGCAGCUCUCACCUUGUUUCCCAUCAAAGAACUCAUACUGGAGAGAAACCAUAUAGAUGUAAUCAGUGUGGUAAAUCCUUUAGCCAGAGCUAUGUCCUUGUUGUGCAUCAGAGAACUCAUACUGGAGAGAAGCCUUAUGAGUGCAAUCAGUGUGGAAAGUCAUUCAGACAGAGCUACAAACUUAUUGCACAUCAAAGAACUCAUACUGGAGAGAAGCCCUAUGAAUGUAAUCAAUGUGGGAAAUCAUUUAUCCAGAGCUAUAAACUUAUUGCCCAUCAAAGAAUUCAUACUGGAGAAAAGCCCUAUGAAUGCAAUCAAUGUGGAAAGUCUUUUAGUCAAAGUUACAAACUUGUUGCCCACCAGAGAACUCACACAGGAGAAAAACCCUUUGAAUGUAAUCAGUGUGGAAAAUCCUUCAGCUGGAGCUCUCAACUUGUUGCACACCAAAGAACUCACACUGGAGAGAAACCCUACGAGUGUAAUGAGUGUGGGAAAUCUUUCAACCGCAGUUCUCACCUUGUUAUGCAUCAGAGAACUCAUACUGGAGAGAAACCCUAUGAAUGUAGUCAGUGUGGGAAGUCUUUCAGCCAGAGUUAUGUCCUUGUUGUACAUCAGCGAACUCACACUGGAGAAAAGCCCUAUGAGUGCAGUCAGUGUGGAAAAUCUUUCAGGCAGAGUUCAUGCCUUACUCAACAUCAGAGAACUCAUACUGGAGAGAAACCCUAUGAAUGUAAUCAGUGUGGAAAAACAUUCAGCUUGAGUGCUCGACUUAUUGUACAUCAAAGAACUCAUACUGGAGAGAAACCCUUUACAUGUAAUCAGUGUGGGAAAGCUUUCAUUAAUAGUUCUAAACUUAUUAGACAUCAGAGGGUCCACAGUGGGAAAAGGCUGUAUAAGUGCACCGAGUGUGGGAAGGACUUUGAUCAGAGCUCCAACCUUCUUGUCCAUCAGAAGGUCCACACAGGGGAGAAACCCUACAAAUGCAGCGAGUGUGGAAAAUGCUUCGGUUCCAGCUCAGAUCUCCAAGUUCACCAGAAGCUGCACACGGGGGAGAAGCCUUAUAGUUCAAGGACAUUAGAGAUGGUGGUGGCUGUAAAUAGUGUAGGAUAUAGUUUUAGAAUAAAUGAGCCUCAGUUCAGAAGUUUCGUGCAAUCAGCAACAUUUCCUAUUCAGGAGUGCGGGGUGUUGCCCUCUCGGAGAGUCUCCGGAACCUGCGAAGUGACUCGGAAGAACUUCCGUUUCACGGAAGGUUGCGGCCAUCACUCCCUUUAUGCAGUGGUCUCUGCCUUUCCCCAGGAAAAGGACAAGAAGAUGAUGAUGAAGUUCCAGGAGCCAGUGUCCUUCAAGGACGUGGCCGUGGUCUUCACCGAGGAGGAGCUGGGGCUACUGGACUCGGCUCAGAGGAAGCUGUACCAGGAAGUGAUGCUGGAGAACUUCCGGAACCUGCUCUCAGUGGGAAAUCAGCCCUUCAAACCAGAGCUUAUAUUCCAGCUGGAGAGAGAAGAGCUUUUGAUGAUGGAGACCCAGAGAGGUGGGUGUUCAGGAACCAAGAGUCCACAUAAUAUGGAAAGUAUUCAAGAAGUGGGAUUAAGCUGCUUUUCCCCCAAAGAGUUUUCCACCUGGCAGUCCUGGCAACAAGGUGCAGGCAAGUUAACUGGGUGUCAAGAUUCCAUGAGAAACUUCCAAGAGAAUAUUUCUCCAUUGCAAAAACAAGGUGAUUCCCCCUGCCAGGUUUGGGCAGGAAUACCAAUUCAGAUUUCUGAAAAUGAGAACUAUGUCUUGACUCACACAGGAGAUGGUUCCAAUGACAUAAAAAGUCAAGAAUUUCCCUCUUGGCGAGCCCACCAUUCUUGGAGGAAAAUGUACCUUACAGAGUCACGUAAUUAUCAGUGUCAAUGUCAGCAAAUUUCCAUGGAAAAUGGUUUCUGUAAACCUGACAGCAUCGGUUGGAUCUCACAUCACAGUGACAUUCUGGGUGUACACAGAACAGAAAAAAACUCUAGCUGCCAUGACUGUGGAGAAGAUGUCAUGAAGGUUUCAUUGCUUAAUCAUAUUCAAACAGGGCAAAAGCCCUAUCCUGGUAAUGAGUACAGAAAAGCCUUCAGCGAUGAGUCCAGCUCUGAAGUUCAUCAGCAAUUAGACUUGGAAGGAAAGCCCCGUACAUACAGUCCGUGUGAAAAGGACUGUAGUUACAGGUCAGUUCUUCAUAUUCAUCAGAGUGUUUGUGGAGGAGAUCAUUGUGUUUUUGAGAAUUUACAUCUGCAGUCGCAUCAGAAAGGACACGCAAAAGAGAAGCUGUUUAAAUGUGAAUACAGUGAGAGCAUCAAUCAGUGCUCCUUUCAUAACACAUAUGAACUUAUACCCAGAGGAGAGACAUCUGAUAGAUGCAGCAUGUAUGAGAAAGGCUUCAGUCAUAGCUUAAACCUUAGUAAUCACCAGAGAGUCCAUACUGGCGAGAAGCCGUACAAAUGCAGUGCAUGUGGUAAAGGCUUCAGUCAUAGAUCCGUUCUAAAUGUUCAUCAGAGAAUCCACACAGGAGAGAAGCCUUAUAAGUGUGAGGAGUGUGAUAAGGGUUUCAGUCGGAGUUCAUACCUUCAAGCCCAUCAGAGAGUCCACACGGGAGAAAAACCAUACAAAUGUGAGGCAUGUGGGAAGGGCUUCAGUCGUAAUUCAUACCUUCAAGGGCAUCAGAGAGUCCACACUGGCGAGAAACCAUACAAGUGCGAGGAGUGUGGGAAGGGCUUCAGUCGGAGUUCACACCUUCAAGGCCACCAAAGGGUCCACACGGGAGAAAAACCAUUCAAGUGUGAGGAGUGUGGGAAGGGCUUCAGUUGGAGCUUUAAUCUUCAAAUUCAUCAGAGGGUUCACACAGGAGAGAAACCCUAUAAAUGUGGAGAAUGUGAGAAGGGCUUCAGCAAGGCCUCAACUCUUCUGGCCCAUCAGAGAGUCCACACAGGAGAGAAACCCUACCAGUGUGAUGAGUGUGGUAAGAGCUUCAGUCAGAGGUCUUACCUUCAGAGCCAUCAGAGUGUCCACACCGGAGAGAGACCAUACAUCUGUGAGGUUUUGUGCACGAAGGGUUUCAGUGAGAGUUCCCGCCUCCAAGCCCAUCAGAGGGUCCACACAGAAGGGAGGCCCUAUAAAUGUGAACAGUGUGGCAAGGGCUUCAGUGGGUUUUCAAGUCUUCAAGCCCAUCACAGAGUCCACACUGGGGAAAAACCAUACAAAUGUGAAGUGUGUGGAAAGGGCUUCAGUCAGAGAUCAAACCUCCAGGCUCAUCAGAGAGUCCACACAGGAGAGAAACCCUACAAAUGUGACGCGUGCGGUAAGGGUUUCCGUUGGAGUUCAGGGCUCCUAAUUCAUCAAAGAGUCCACAGUGAGGAGAAGCCCUACAAGUGCGAGGAGUGCGGCAAGCGCUUCAGCCUGAGCUUCAACCUACACAGCCACCGGCGCGUGCACACGGGCGAGAAGCCCUACAAGUGCCAGGAGUGCGGCAAGGGCUUCAGCUCCGCCUCCAGCUUCCAGAGCCACCAGCGCGUGCACACGGGCGAGAAGCCCUUCCGCUGCGGCGAGUGCGGGAAGGGCUUCAGCCAGAGCUCCUACUUCCAGGCCCACCAGCGCAGAGUCCACACCGGGGAGAAACCCUUCAAGUGCGGUACCUGCGGCAAGGCCUUCAGCCAGAGGUCGAACCUUCAGGUCCAUCAGAUCAUCCACACGGGCGAGAAGCCCUUCAAGUGCGAGGAGUGCGGGAAGGAGUUCAGCUGGAGCGCGGGGCUCAGCGCCCACCAGCGGGUGCACACGGGAGAGAAACCCUACACGUGCCAGCAGUGCGGGAAGGGCUUCAGCCAGGCCUCGCACUUCCACACGCACCAGAGGGUCCACACGGGGGAGAGGCCCUACAGAUGUGACAUAUGUUGUAAGGGCUUCAGCCAGAGGUCGCAUCUUGUCUACCACCAGAGGGUCCAUGCGGGAGGGAAUCUAUAG